AUGCAUUUCAGACCUUCCACCGCGUUUGUGCUAGCAACAGUUGUUUCUCAGGCAUUGGCUCAUUGUGUGAUUACCUCCAUCACCGGGGCUAAUGGCGUGACUAUGCCUGGUCUGAGCGUCAUUGAUGGGACACCUCGUGAUUGUGCAAGUCCUUUGUGUGGUUCGGAAGCGGAUACCUCAGUCAUUCGAAGGAAUGGGCCUCCGCUUGGAAAAACAAGUGGCGGUGGUGAGGUGGAUGCUGCGGCAGCUGUUGCCAAAUUCAUGGGCAAUGGGGCCAAAGCGGCGGCCAGAUUCAAACGUAACCUCCUUGGGAGCAGGUUUGACGUUAAACGUCGGGGUCUGCUUGACGGGUUGGACAAUGUGCUAGGCGGAGCUGCUGGCGGUGGCGGAGGCGGAGGCAAAGCCGCGGAAGCAUCUGGAGCAAAGACUCCCAAAGGCACUGUUGAGGACGGCGUUGCUAAAUCUGCUGGUACUGGUGCAACAUCCGGUCUUCCUACUGUCGGUGCCGAUGGCGUCAUCAAUAUGGUCAUGCACCAGGUCAAUCAAGAUGGAGCAGGCCCAAUGACUGCGGCCAUUGACCCUACCUCCGGAGGCACAAGUGAAGCUGCCUUCCAGCCGGCGGAAAUGAUCGCAGAUGUUCCGGGUGCAAUCGCCGGCAUCAGUGGCACGACGACAACUGAUUUUCCCAUCAAGGUACAAAUGCCUGCUGGAAUGAAGUGCUCCGGUACAGUGGCUGGCGUAGAGAAUGUUUGUGUAGUUCGUGUCAAGAACUCCACACCGGCUGGCCCAUUCGGCGGCAGCGCCGUUUUCACUCAAGAGGGUGCUGCCACUGGUGGCAAUGCUACUGCUGCUGCUAAGCGGGACAUCCGUGUUGUUUUCGACGCAUGA